CACGCCUGGUAGAUAUUAACUGAGUGGAACGAUCCUGCAACUUACCAGUUACAUGUUCCUGGUUGUAAUCUGAGUUGGAGCUCUCAGAAGGCUACUGUUUUCUUCUCUACAGUCCAGUUUUAAGGAUUAUGUGGUACUAAUUUUCAGUAAUCAGGAUCAUCUUCCCUUGUGGGUUGGCAGGCAGUCAGAGGACUGCAAGAUGGGUCUUCGGAUUCACUUUGUUGUUGACCCACAUGGUUGGUGCUGCAUGGGUUUGAUUGUUUUUGUCUGGUUAUACAAUUUUUUUUUAAUUCCCAAAAUUAUCCUCUUUCCUCACUAUGAAGAAGGACAUAUUCCGGGUGUAUUAAUAAUAAUAUUCUAUGGCAUUGCCAUAUUUUGUCUGGUUGCCUUAGUGAGGGCCUCAAUAACUGAUCCAGGAAGACUUCCUGAGAACCCAAAGAUCCCACACGGAGAAAGGGAGUUCUGGGAAUUAUGUAACAAGUGUAAUUUGUUGAGACCAAAGCGUUCCCAUCACUGCAGCCGUUGUGGCCACUGUGUCAGGAGAAUGGAUCAUCACUGUCCAUGGAUUAACAAUUGUGUUGGUGAAGAUAAUCACUGGCUUUUUCUGCAGUUGUGUUUCUACACUGAACUUCUUGCUUGCUAUGGACUGAUGUUUUCUUUCUGCCACUAUUAUUAUUUUCUUCCACUAAAAAAGCGUAACGUGGACCUCUUUGUUGUUAGACAUGAAUUGGCCAUAAUGAGACUUGCUGCCUUCAUGGGCAUUACAAUGUUAGUUGGAAUAACUGGACUCUUUUAUACUCAACUUAUUGGCAUCAUCACAGAUACAACAUCUAUUGAAAAGAUGUCAAACUGUUGUGAAGAAAUAUCGAGGCCCCGAAAGCCAUGGCAGCAGACCUUCUCAGAAGUUUUUGGCACUCGUUGGAAGAUCCUGUGGUUUAUUCCUUUCAGGCAGAGGCAACCACUGCGAGUUCCCUACCACUUUGCCAAUCACGUCUAAACAGAUGGAUGGUGGGCACAGAUGGGUCCUCCAUGCUGGAAAUGCGUUACAGGUUUUCUGAUAAUAGAACUAUGACAGUCUUCAAGUCAAUUAAAAUCCACCCACCAAUCUUAGGCAUCAUAAUGUGCCCCAGGCUUUAUUUUAAUAGUGAUCUUGAUCCUGUUGUGGGACUAAUACAAGAUCUAUAUUUAAGUUUUAAAGCAUGUUUACUUUCAAAUUAGCUUUCCACAGGGAUUUCUUUAAAUGCUUUUGUUGUUAAACUCAAAAGGCAGUGAUUGGGAUGAAAUAAUUGUACAUAAUUUCUUUUGGUACUAACAAUGUUACAGAUUUUAAUUUAUGGGAAAUUUCAGAUGUUUAUUUAAAUUUUUCACUCGUAAGCAGUACUAACCAAAUCUGAAUUUAAUUCUUCAGGUUUUACAAAAGUUGAUACACCUUAUAUUAUAUGUAAAUUUUCUUUUCAAAAUACAAUUUAAAAUAUGUAAUACUUCCUGUUAUGUAUGCUGUAGGGUGUUUUUUUUUUAAUGCAGCAUAUAGGAGUGAACAACAAAAUAACAAAAACAGUAACAAAAAAGGACGAUGUUUUCUUAGAAGGAGCUUUCUGAUUUUUUUUUUCUCUUCACCAAAAACAAAAUAAAUACACUACUAAAAUAAAACAUCAGCUACCUACCUUAUUUUAAAAGGAAGAUUAAUUUUUUCCACGUGAACUUUCCCAUUUCUUCUCCUGUACUGUUGUAAUUAUUGAUUGUUGUUAAAAUAUUUGCUCCAAGGAGAAAUUUUUGACCAAGUGGGCAUGUAUUCCUGUUUUACCCUAAGAUUUUGAUGAGUAAAAGGGGUAAAGAAUUUGCAAUAAUUCCACAGAUACCUUUUCUAGUGCAGCUAUAUUAGAAUGCAUAUGUUUUUAAAAUGCUAGUGUAGUUAGAUAAUAUAUAAUGUAUAGUAUAAAGAGGAAUAUUGUGCUUUUGAAAAAAUAUGUAUACUUUUUACUUUUGUUUACCUACUAGUAGAUCUAAAACUGCACACUGACGAUUUAUAUAUAAUAGAUACUGGCCAAGUAAUACUGAAAUUUUAUUUAUAGAAAGUUACUAGUAAAAGUAGGUAACUUUUGCGUACCUAUAAUCACCCAAGUUGAAAUUGAAUUUUAAUUGCCCAACUAUAAUUUGGAUCGAGAGACCUUUUGUUAGCAGCUAAUGUUAAGAAAUAACCUUAAAAUAAGAAAAUACAAUGAUCUAUAUUCAUUAUUAACCUUAUACAAAUUCAAAUUACUGUGAUGGUCUCUUGGAAAGCAUAGAAUAUUUGUGUGAAAAGAUAUUUAGCAUGCUUUGAAAAAAUUCAGUUUUAAAGUUUUUUUCCAUUAGAAUACUGCAAAAUCCAUUAUCUUUUUUAAAAAGUCAUGUACUCACAGUCUUUUCCUUGAAGAGAAAAUUGAAGGGGUCUGCUGUUCUUGGAGCAUAUCAAUAUUUUCUUUUUAGUUAGUUUUGAUAGUAAGGAGUCAUACCUGAGAAAUGAUGAAAUAGUAGGUUACCAUUGUCAGCCAAUUAACUAUACUGUGGUUAGUUUUCAGAAAUUGUAAAUAUCCUCUAAGAUAGUAGGGUAAGCUCUUCUCAGAGAUAAAAGUACCAUGUCUUUCAUGUCCUGAUGACAGUACUUUAUUAUUUAAAAACUUAAAAGUGGCAGGUGAAAAUAUUUAUUGGUGCUGAUAAGAUGCAUAGUGAAUUUAAUAUAAGAAAUAUAUUUAUAGAGCUUGAAGAACCACAAAAUUAGUAUAUCAUGUCAGGCAAGUGGGUUGGGUUUUGUGCAAGCUUAAUAUAUUGACCAGAUUUGGCCUGGUGACAGAACUAUUACGAGGAAGUGAUGUAUAGAUAAUGUUGGUAGGUGUCAGUUGAAUUCCUUAUGCUGUGUACAUUCCUAUUAAAUGAGGACCUUGAGAAAACAGCAAAGGCAAGUGAAGAUCCCCUAAAGAGCUUUAUGGACAUAUUUAUACUUUAUAUAGUAGCAGUAGCUACCUUGAAAAUUACCAGGGAGGUACUCAAUGCCAACCCCUGCCUCAGUCAUGAGAACCAGACGUGAUCUUUUUCCCACUCUGAGGGUUUCUGGUUUGAGUUUUCUUAAAUUUCCCACUGCUGGAGCACAUUCACUUCCCUCCCUUCUCUUUACACUCCGUGGUCCUGCUCCCUCUGUACGUGAUUCUUCUAAAUUUUUGGAAUACAAACUAAUGCAUUAGGCAAAGCAUAUUUAUUUUUCUUUGAAUGGCAGAUAUGGUACAUAUCAAUAUAUUUAUAUAAAAAUAUAUGUUAAAGUGUAUCUAGGUAUACUUAUGCUAUAACUCCGAGUAUUUCCAAGUUAGCACACCCAACUGGGUUUUAUGAUUCUUGUUAGACAACUUGAGAGGAACCAACUGGCAGUUUCCUGGGGAGUGCGUCAACUCGAGUGUUCUCUCUGCGCCCUCUUUUGGCUAGCUGAUGUAAUAAUACUGGCUCUAGAGAGUUGUUGCCCCACGAGUAAAUUGCAUAGCCAAAUUCUGAACAUGUCAGAGGUACAAACUUAAGGGAAGUGUAUGUACAAAAAUGUAAGGUUUUAUGAGAAUGAAUGUGUUCCUGUUUAUGAUACCUGGCUCAUACAAAUAUGAUUGACUAUGUUUCAUUUGUGUAUAUUCAUUUUAUAUUUUUUACUAUCAAUACACAUUUAUAUCAGAUCAGGAUAAGUAAAUAUCAGCCAUUUCAUGAAUUUUUCUUACUUUGGCAAAUUAAGUCCUUAGAAUUAAAAAAAGCCAUUACCUUUAAAUUACCAAUUUAUUACAAGACAGAAAUUUAUUGUAGUUACGAUGGCAAGCGUGUGUCUGAUUUGUUUUACGGACUAUCAAAAAAAUACAUUUAGUUUUUUGAUCCUAGUUUUGAAGUGAUUUUUUGACUGAUUCAGUUAGUUGCAUUAAAAUGAGAGUAAUAAUUCUUUCUAUACUUUUCUUUGUUCUUUUUAACUUUCCUGGUCCAACCUAGUGCUGUAGCUUUAGUAGUCAAUUUAUUAUGUAUUCUGGAUAACCAUGAAAAUAACUAAUGAUGUUGAGCAUUAGGAAAUAAUUAUGAACAGUGAGAUUACUGAUGUAGUCUAUAUGUUGGAUGGAGUAUUUCCUUAUAAAUAUUGCAUUUCAUUUUAAGCAAAUGUAUGUUAAAGGAUGUUUUAUAUCAGCAAAGUCAUUCAUGGGGCUUCUGGUAAUGAAAGAUUUUUAAGUAGUUAUUAUGAUACACUUCUUGAACAGUUACAUUUGUUUUAUGUUGUUUUCUGCAAAGAUGUUUGCUUGCUCAAGAUAAUAGGUAAAAAUUGAAAAAUUGGUUUCAGAAUUUUUAAAAUAUUAUGUUAACUGACGUUCCAUUGUAAGAAAAAUACUAUUUUGCUUAAGAGUUGUAUUAAAAAUGUUUGUGGUUAACAUAAGAGAUAGGUAUAUUUAAAUAAUGUAUUCAUCUCUUUUAACAGAAGAAAGCAUAGUUUACUUUUAAAUAAUAGAAAUAGAGAACAUAAGCAUGGAUAAAGUUCAGUAUAACAGCUAAGUUGAAACUUCUGUCAGAAUGAGCAUCAAGUGAAUGUUUUCUGCUGCUUAAACGUACUCUUCUCUAAGGAUGGUGGCUAAUUACAACUAUACUUCAUCAGGCUUUUUCAGUUCAUUUUUGUAUAUAUAAUUAGUUGGAGGUAUGUUUCACCAAAAAGGGUGUGUUAAUUCUGAAUGCUAAUCAUGAAGACUUGAGUUAGGAAAACAUCUCCAACCAGGAAGUGUGAAGUAAUUUAGAUUAGGACCACACGGUUUUCUGUGUGUUAGAUAAUGGGGGAGUUUGAAUGUUCUCACACGUGUUGCUAUUAAAUCACAACGUGUUCAGCUCUGAUUUACAAUGGCAUUAAUAUUAACAGCUGCUAGUGUCUCCCUGGACUUUUCUCUAGCCUCUACUUCCAUUGUGCUUCAUGUAUGAAUAGAUUAUUUAGCUCAAGUUUACUAGACUGUUGCUGCUUCAUUAAAUAAGGUUUUGACAUGACCUCUUUUAUAUAUAUAUA